ACUGCAACUCUACACGCAAAGUUCCUAGCAAGGUGGAGUCGUUUGGAGGAAAAAUUAAGUGUUUAAACUUGCGAGCUCAACCUGUAGCCCAAACCGGUAACGAGUUCGACUGUGAAGAACUUGGGUACCGUAUCCAUGAUAUCCUGGCGCAAAUUACUUUCGUUGUCGAAAAUUGGGAAUUAUGUGCGUGUGAUGUUAACUCUUCUGUGAUAGUUUAUGUGGAAAGAAUGUUCAGCCAAUUCUCGUAAAGUUAGCAGCAGUACGACGAAUUGAGUGCAAGAUUUGAUACAUAAAAUUGAAUUAUGAUACUCCGAUUUUAAAGUGACCUACCAAUGGUUCAAUACUAAUAAUCGCGCGUGUUAAUAGCCAUAAAGAAUUUUAAUGUUGUCAAACUGAGUUUUCGUGUGUUUUGGUGUUUUAUGUGUGAAAAAGAGAACACUCAGUAGUUCGUGGAAUGACAGAGGAACAUAAAAAACCACAAAAGCCCAAACAACAAAGCUGCACUGGUGUUAGUGUCUGUUAAUUGGUUGAUUGCGAGACAAAACAUUGAGAGCCCCAGUUACUCAGACGCUCAGGUGCUCCACUCUCGUUCGUGCAAGGUUUAGGUGGAGCCGUCUGUGCAAAAGUUUAUCAUUUUAAUGCGAAUCUUAUCAUCGUUAGGGUCGGAGGAUAUCUUCUGUAAGUUCGACGGCAGCGGUUUCUGAAGGUGUGUGUUUGUGUGGAUGAUUCUUCAGCCGGGAAUUCGAUUGGUUGUUAUUCGAGGGGAUCACUAGCUCUAGUGAUAAGUGAUUUAUAGUUGCGCUUUUUUGUAGUGAUAUCGGAAAAGUGUAUCAACUACGCUAGCGAAUAAGUGUGAGAGUGUGCAUUAAAUCUUUGAACCGAUUGUGAUACAUCAACGAAAUAUUCCAAGUUUAGCAAUCUGUAUACAGAACAUAUAUUGUUGGAUCGUGCCAAAUUCAUAAUCUGUGAACUGUGAACUUCACUUACGUUAAACUUCGUACCCAGUGCGUUUAGUGAAAAGUUAAAAACCAAUUAGUGUCUAACAAUGGAAGAUGACAAUAAAAAACCGUACAAGAUCAAAGACGUCACUCGCACAAUCAGGAAAGCGGUCGUUGCCAGUUCCCUAGAGGAACUCCGUACGAAAGCGGCGGCAAAGUUCGGACGCGCAGACCUCCCAAAUAUCCACUGGGACUCCGAUGGGACCGAAAUCGAUGACGAGGAAUACUUCCAAUCGCUGGAACCCGAGACCGAGCUGAUAGCGGCUUUCACCAACGAAAAGUGGAUUGACCCGACGCAAUACGUAUCCAUAACGACCCAGAAGGAAUCGGAUGACACCACCGAUAGCCCCGAGGUGGAACGAAUACACCUCACCAAGCUGGUGGCCCAGAUGAAGUCGAACCUGUGCAACGUGUCGGUGCUGAACGAGCCGGAUCUGGAACUGCUGUCCAACAUGGAUCCCAACUCGGUGGCGGACAUCACCGGGCGGGACUUUAUCGAGCAGCUGAAGGAAGCAUCAGGCAGAAUCCUGUUUGAAAGGCGACAGGCUCUUGACGCAAUUGAGCUGCUAAAGAUGAUCGCCAAGCAGAAGGCUGCCAUUCCGAGUGUCGUACACAAUAUACCCGGUGGUGAACCAUCGCACGACAACGCUAAUGACAAUGAGUACGACAUGGAGGGUGGCGAACAGUGUCGAACCAAUCCUGGCGAUGAUGAUGAUGAUGAGGAUGGCCGUUGUCCUCCCCCGGAUGAAAUCGACAGUGCUAACAACAAGAGCAGCGGCACCGCUAACAGUAGUAAGCAAAUUACCCUCGAGCUAGAUCCCCGAACACUAGCCACUUUCCAUCAGCAGCAGAAGCAGUGUAGUGCAAACGCUUCGAAUAACAAUCCCUCGGACACGGCCACAACAGCCGUCACAACCGAAGCAGAUAAUGCUUCCUCGGAUAGCCCCAACCGGUGUGAAAUGUCGAAUAUUUGAUAUUUGGUUUAUCAGAUCAGUUUCUGUCACAAGUAAGAUUCAUUCAAUUGCUCACAUGUAAUAACAGCAUUUGCGUAAACACGGCUAAAUUGUUGAACAGACUCUUGUUGGUAAUUUGACCCUGGGACAUCACUGAAAAAAACUGAAGACGGGGUCAACAUUUUUGAACAAUUGAAAACUCUAUGAUGUUGAUAAAUGAGAACUAGGAAGUUUUAUAACUAGUAAGAUUUAGGGAAAAAAAAUACAAUACAGAGAAUGUAACAGAACUGUAAAAAAUCUCUGCCCAUACAGAUUGCCUUAAUUUAGUUGAGUAAUAAUAAACGAAAAACCAAAUUUAGUCAUGUCCAAUCAGAAGCUGUCUUUGCCGUUGUGCUGAGAACCGCAACUUAUCUAUUAAAAUCUCACCUUAACACGAAAGGCGCGUUUUCGCUUGAUCGAUGUGCUCAUUAGUUUGAACAAAUAGGUACCAUCCACGAAGUUUUGUUUAAGUUGCACUCAUGAAUCAUUUAUUCUGCCGCCUGGUGUCAUCCACGCCAGACGUCGCGUUAAUCUUUCGGGCAUGUUUUAUGAUUCCACCAGCAUAACUUUCACACGUUAUUUUUAUGUUUCGCUUUUUUUUCGUCCCCAAAAAAAUAUGGCUCAUGUUGUUGUUGCAGAGCAAGCACCGAAUGCGAGGCCAAAGACGACCUUGCAAUUAAAAUAUUUACACCCCCACUCGGCCAGCCCGGUUCGUCAACAGCAAUGGACGGGACCGUCUGCCGGUUGGCGACGAAGUUAGGCUGGAAAUGUAGACCAAAAUUUAUUUGUUGUUGGCACUGCAGGAAGAAGGAUACGGCUGCAAAGAUUGAUGUUCUCCGGAAUAUGGGAUAAUGUAUUCGUAGUUGGUGCCCCCGAGGACUUCAACAGGUUACAAAUAACAUUGUUACCCCGUUAUCUACUGCGAAACAACUUAGGAGUGAAUUCAUGAAGAUGUUGAGAGAGAGAAAGUUCACACGGAAAUUAAUUUUGAAGCUGAACUGAAAAUAAAUUAGGGGCAUAUUUCGAAACUUAUUCUCUUCUGAAUUAUAAACACACAAGGUGCAGCCAAGAGGAUGGAAAAGAUUAUCACCCAGACGGUCACAUUAACAGAAGCACUAUUUUCAACGUAGUCGUUUCUAUUAUCAUUUUCAUUUGAAAAUUAGGUCUUCGUACCGAUUAUUUUUAUUGUUUUAUCCUAUCUAUUUUAUUUUUAUUUAGGCUCAUUAACACUUUACAGUGAUGGGCGCAAAAAAUCCACCCCAUUCGAAAUCAAAGUGUUCCCAUAUUGAAAGUUUUUCAAACUUUUCGGUAUUCCUGUAAAAUUAGGUGAUUAAUAGACCAUUUUGUCAUUUCAGUAUCGUUGAUUCGUUAUUUUAUAAAAACAAAAAAAAAUCCUCUUUGGUCUCAAUAACCAACGGACAACGCUUUAGCAUAAUCUUCACGACGUUCCGGAGGUUUUGGAGGUUCAGCUCGUUCCAAGCCUUCUUCAACGCAGCAAAAUAGUUUUGCUUGUUCGUAACGUCAGUUUUGUCCACCUUAUUGUCAACAUCACCCAUAACUUCUCAAUAGGAUUCAUGUCGGAGCUUUGGUUGGUUGGUGCGAGUUCAAUGAUUUUGCAUAUUUUCAAUUAGGCAAUAUAAAAAAAUGUUUUAAAAAGAUAAAAUAAGUCUAUCAAAUACCCAUAUAUAUAAUAUAAUAAUGAUAUCCAUAACAACUCGUCCAAGAUUGUCUAGAGAGUCUUUUCUCCGUGUAAAACAACGGCGCUCAACUCCAUUGCAAUUCAGGAACAACUUGAAAAUUGUGACUCUUUCGCAACAUAUGACCGUAGUACCGAAUGCUUCGUAUACAGCCGAUAACCAAGAGUAUCUUGUUGGAUUGAUGGACUUGCUAUCAAAGCGGCGAGAAGAAUGUUCUGCCCAGAAAUUGAUGGACAGUGACAGUGACAACUUUAGGGGGGGUAGGGGUUACGAAAAUGUUCACGCUUGUCCACGGUGAGGGGGAGGGGGUUUUGAUAAUGUCCACGUGGAUACGUUAAGUAAUUUUGUCAAGUAAAACAUUCAAGUUAAUAGUCAAAAUUGAAUGCGAUCUGGUUUGUAUUUACACGAUUUUUUGAACUUCACGCCCGCCCUGAGUACUCAGUAUUCAUCAAUAAAAAGACUGAACUGCCUGAGAGUGCUGCUCGGUCAAACAUCCAUAUUUCCUGAAAUGUAUAUUCUGAAAGUAUAUGAACUAGGAUCCAUCAAUUUAUUCCAAUCGGUAAUAGAGCGCCAUUAAAUCCGUCAGGAUAGAGACACCCAAUAACACAAAGAAUGUUGGACUGUUUGGUUUUUUUUCUGUUUGGUUUGGUUUUUUUUCGAGAACUCUCAAGGAUUUCUGAACAUUGAAACGAACAACAAAUGCAAUGUUGUUAUUCUUCAUUGAUGUUUGAUAAUUUUUAUAAUACGCUUCUUUUGAGUUGUCUGGAAAGUUCAUGCUGCUACUGCUGAUUAAUUUAAAGAAAAGAUUAAUCCUUGAUGCACAUGAAUUAGUAGAUUCGCUACAGAUGUCAAAAAUCACCGUUCAUGAGAGACAAAACAUCAGGAAAAGCGCUACAAUGCAUGGACUACAUAUUAACCCAUAUUACGGAACCCGAUCUGAUUUGACAUAUCGCAAUCCGAAUGAAAUAAACUUUCACGUUCACGUUCAAGGUUGCAACAUUUGCACAAUCCGAUAGGAUUUGACUCGAUUAGAUUAAGGGGAUAGAGACACGAAUUUCGGACGUUUCUUCGAGCUCCGAAAAAGUAAAACGAAGAAUAUUUUUACCAUCCAUUAUAUCACUAUUUGUUUAUCUAUCUUCCAACAAUAGAACAAGAAUUGAAUGGAAAAAAAUAUAUCCAUAAUUAGAAGCUGAUCAAAGAAAAGUUGUGCCAUGGGGUACACGAUUCGAGCCCUUCUGAUUAUCUGAAACAAACAAAUCGAGCAGAUUCUGCAUCAGUAAAAUUGCCACUAUCGCACGAACCUCGGACAAGUCAACAAUGUGUUUUUUGACAAAAUGGCGGAAAUUUGAAGGAAAAAAUACUGUUUAAAACAUUUUUUUAAGCUUCUUGAUUUUGACGUAGGACUACGUCUAACCGGAAGAUAUAGGGGGUGAAAUGGAAAUCUAGGCACUGAACAAGUAGGAAAAAAUGCAAGAUUUGGAACGCUUAUAACUCGAGCAUUUCUCAAUAGAUCGCAAAGGUUUUUGCAUCAAUUGAUAGGAAAUAUAUCUACGCAUCUAUCAUAACGAAUAACAUUGCAUUUUUCUUGAGAUAAAUAAUUGAAUAAUUGUCAAAUAUCAAGCAUUGUCAAAAUGCACUAUGUGUCCAUUUUUGAUUGGUCCAUUUUGUGCUCCUCAUAUUGUACCGACCAAAACGGGCAACCAGAGCAGCAGCGAAAUAGAAUGAAGCACGAUUGGAAAGGAAAAAGAAAAAAUGAACGAAACAUUGGUCGCAGUCUCACACAUGCGUAAUUCUCGAGCCAGCCAGUCAGCUUAAAAAUCCCCGCUCCGCUGCCGUAACGAUCAUUCUUUGUGUGGACACCGACUGGACAACAUCGUUGCUGGACGAGCUGGACGGCGAGGGAUCGAGUGCCUUUCUCAAGGCAAGAGGGCGGAGGUGGUAGCGCUGGAGUAGAGUAGAGUAGAGUUUUCAAAGGGCCUUUCUCAAGGCUAGAGACGAAUGAACUGCAAAAGUUUAAAGUCUCUAUAAUACAAUACCUUCCUUCCUUCCGUAACGAUCAUUCUCAUUCAAACCGUACACCACAUCGGUUCGCAUCACAACACAUCAACAAACCAACCCAAGCAGCCAUGUCUGGACAUGGCAAAGGAGGAAAAGUGAAGGGAAAGGCAAAAUUCCGAUCGAACCGUGUUGGUCUGGAGUUCCCCAUAAGGGUAGCUAGGCCGAGCGCGUUAGUACCAGUGCACCAGUCCACCUAGUCGGCGUUAUAUAGUUUCGGCCGCCGAAGUGAUCGAGUUAGCUGGCAAAGCUGCUCGCGACGAUAAGAAAACCCGUAUUCGGAACAGAACACAUUCGGUUCGGUGGACAUCAAGACAACAGGCAGUUGCAGCGAGUGGCGAGUGGCAAACGCAAUCGCAAAACGGCAUCAGGUAGCAGAAGAAAAACGUUUGUUCUUUAUACAAACUGCUUUGGUGGCAAAUCCAGAACAAGGCGGCAUCGAGGGCGCUCGAAAUGGUUUUUUUCAAAACCACGAGUACUAAGUUUUCUAAAUUGGAACCAUUCCAUAAAACACGGCGCUUUUCAGGGCCAUUAAACCUUCCAAAAAAGAGUUUAGGAAAUACAGUUCAAUGCUUUCUAAAACAUUAUCCAAAAUAAUAAUAAAACACAAAUUGAUUUUUUCAUAAUUUGUUUGCCAGGAUAUGAUGAGUAUGUGAAUUUGGCAGUUGUUCUGAGCUUAUUGAUUUUCACCAAUUCUUAAAUUGCGCUAGAGUAUAAAGCACGCGGACCCCAAAAAAAUAUCUUAUUUUCUUUCAAACCGUAAACCCGUGUGGUUGUACGGCAUCGGCAUCGUGGACGUAACAAAGGAGGACAAGUUAAGGGAAAGGCAAAGUCUCACUCGAACCGUGCAGAUCUCCAGUUCCCUGUUGGCCGCAUUCACUGAUUGCUCCGCAAGGGUAACUAGGCCGAACGGAUUGGUGCCGGAGCACCAGUAUACCUAACAGCGAUUAUAGAGUUUCGGCCGUCGGAGUGCUCGAGUUGGCUGCUGCUCACGACAAUCAGAAAACACGCAUCAAGAACAGAGCAGCUUCGGUUCGGCAAGGCAACAAUUAGUUUCAGUGAGUGGCAAAGUCGCAUUAAAUGUAAUUUACUGAACAAUAUGUCACAAGCUGGAUGGGAAGAAAUUUUCCAACUGUGAAAGCUGUGGCGAGUGGCAAACGUAAUAGCUAAACAGGAAGGUUUAACCGAACAAGAUGGGAAUAUCGAGUGAUAACAAAAACACAACACCAAAGGUUCUUUUCAGAACCAUCAACAUAUUCAUGAAGAGUAAACAGUAAACUAAUCCAUUUUUCAGGUAGAUAGGUAGGUAUUCACGUAGGAGAAGAAAAUAAAACAAUAUAUUUAAAAUAUAUAUUUAACAAAAGCUGUCCCCUUUGUAUAGUCCUACGUCACUUCGGUUAUGUCCCCGACAUUACCCACCCGUCUUUUUUUUUUAAAUAGUAAAGUUACGAAAUUAUGAUUUUUAUAGGUUCAUGCGAUAGAGAGAUGCAUACAAAUUGUAUUCAUAUAAACAUAGAUCGGAUAAGUAGAACUUGAGAUAUCGUGUAAGCCAGUUUGAAAAAAACAUGUUUCGAGAAAAACGUGUUUGAAGUUAAUUGUUAUGGCCGUACUAGAUUAGAUCUCGUAUCACUAAAACGGCUAUUCCUUGGUAAAUAAUGAGAUUUUCGAAAAGUCUCUUCUAUGGUAUAUUUUCAAAUGUCUAAAUUUGAGAAAUAUGAAGAAAAAAAAUUAUUUUUUUUUCAAAUUUCUAGACUAGAAUACCCUCUUAAAGAACGCAAUAUUGUGCUAAUUUCAAAUCCGACCGGACUUCGGAAUAAGGGUUUAUUUUACCGAAAAACACUUGAAGGGACUUAUCUCAAUCUGUGAUUCGUUUUCUAAACGCGACGAAAAUACAUAUUUGUGGCGAAUUAUAAAGGGCAAAUCAUUCACAAGAAUGUUGAGUUAAAAAAAAUCUUAGCAAGUGAAUGGAACUCCGAAGCAGGUUUUCGCUUGAAGAGUGUUAUGGCUGGGUCUGGUAGGACUGGAAGAAAAUCUGUAUCAUGAUGUAUGUCUACAAAAAUAUGCUUUUGGUUUUUUCCUUAGAAUCGGCACGAAUUUUUCAGGACAAUAUUUAGCAUGAUUUAACAAUUAAGGGUUGUAGGUCAACGGAUUCAUCGCCUCUAUCGAAUUUCAGCUUCAUCUAAUUUUAAUGAUAAUGUGGAUGACAUAAAUAUUGAAUUCGACUAAGAGUACACCGUCGAUGAAGCGAAAACUUUCCUCGACAGAACAGAACAAAAUUCGUUGUUCUAUAUAGCUCUUUACAUCAUCAAAAUAAGUCAGCGGGAAAGAACAUGUCAGCAGUGUAACAAUUGGUUGUCAGCAAAACAGAACCUGGACGGUAUCAACCAUCUCGUUUUUCAUAUUCACGAGCUAGAGCUAACAACUCCCCCAUUUGCAUAGUGAAUGAUGAGACUUUCCAUUUCUUCUUAGCAAUGGAUGUUAUAUUCCGAAACAUGAAAUCGCAUUAGGGACCUAACGAGGCUAAAUUGAAAAAUGAGUGGUUUGACGUAUAAUUCCUUCACAUUUCCUUCAAACCAAACAUCGUAAUAUUCAUUAAUUCACUAUUUCUAAAUUCAAUACAAAUCCAACGUUGUUUAUUUUUAUUGGCAACACUGAAAAAAUCGACUUUGUUUACAAAAUUUAUCGAAAUCACCCAAUCAGAAAUCAGAAAUUUGGUCCGUAAAAGACCCCCUAUUGUGUGUUCUUAUAUUAGGUUCCACCGGGCUGAUCGGAAGAAUGCUGCUGUUCCGGUGGCUUGUUGGCAUGUUCUUCGCAGUAUUCUUCGUGGAUCCUACUGGAAGGUGUAGUCCCAUUUUCAGCAUGGAUUCUCCCAGCUUCUCGGAAAAAAAGCGAUGUAACCUAUCGGCGAUCGAAACACGCCGACCUUACGACACGAGUUGGUUGCCGGUCAGUAUUCGACGUUCUGCAGAACAAACCGUCCAAGACUUAACCAGAAGUUAGACAAUGAAAAUCCCGCGUAACGAGAAUUCCAAUUUGGUAACUUUCUUUCUUUGGAGGAGUUUGGUUAGAACCGUCCUGCAGUACAGGCCAAUUCUAAUUCCAAGUUUGUUAUAAGUUUUCUAUGUUCCACUUGCAGCACAAGUGAUACAGAGUAACUUUGGAUUGUAAGCGGAGUGAAAGUUUCAACGUAGUAACUUCCUCACGCCGGAGGAAAACAUUUUCCGGAUGAUUGAAGACCCGAACGUUUAGAUCAUGAUACUUUGUUGUUACUAGUUCGAUAAUCGUUAGAUACUAGUUAGAUACUGAUUUUUUACAGGGUUUGCUGGUUCUUAAAUACUAAGAUAUUAAUUUGUCAGCAAUUUUGAUGUUCCUUGCUUCCCAGUGUGAAAGGAGUCACAAUUUCAUUUAAUAAUAUUGCUACCCGGAAAGCAAAGGGCGAUCAAAUUCGGUAUCCCUUCCGAAUCAGGAAUAUACGUCUAAGCUAUACUUUCUAUGUGUUAUGUUUUCUUCCAGUCGCUGAUUGGGUUGAACCGCGACGAAAUCUAAUUGCUGAUCCUAGCACAACUGACCUAUCCAUACUCGCUAAUGCGUGCGCGUAGUGAAUCAGCUCUUUGUAAUCUGAUUCCCCUCUCGGUCGGUGGCACUGCAGCGUACUCAUAUUGUUGCUUUACAGUUUGUGGAAGGGAAAUUUAACGAACGCUAACAGCUGAUAGCAGCUAGCGGCGACAUAACCAUAAUACUUAUAAUAUCGUUGACCUGCGCUAAGUUUCUCACCCCAGCCCACGAGAAACAGCCCCACACCAUGAUGCCUCCACAACCGUGCUUCAUAGUCGAUUGUAGAUGCCGGUCCUGGAGUCUCUCGUCGCUCUUCCGCCACACUCGGAGUAGACUUUCCUUAUUAAACAGUUCAAACUUGGACUCGUCCGACCAAAUAUCGCGCUUCCAGAACUCCGAACCAGCUGGACCGCACCACUGCUUACCCCAUACCUUCCAGCAAUGUUUUGUUAAAAUUCCUUACGUUGGAAGUCACGCACAAUCAAAUUUUGGAUUUGUUUUCCGCACAUUUUCCUGAAUCUUUCUCAGCGUCAAAAACACGUAAGAAAAAAUGACUGAAGAACUACGAAAAUGUUUAGCGAAUUCGUUUUUGUUCAGUUUCAACCCCAGUUCCAACCUAACUGCUGUUGGGUUCGCACUGAGAUGUUUCACGGGUUCACAACUAUACUGAACUGUCAAGUUCCGAGUAUUGAUUUGGAAAAUCUAAAAAUAAAGACUAUGAAAAUGGAAAACCUGCUGCUUUUACUUUUGUAUUGUUGGAAUCGAAAUCCAUUUUGGAUUCUGAUUUUGAAGAGUAUUAAGCUUCGAGUACUUUCAUUGGGAGGCAAAAAUAAUUGUGGAUUUUUAGGUGGAAUAAACAUGCUUUUAAAAUAAAAAAUAUGAAUAAAAUUUAACUUUUACUUAUCGAAUAUGUAUUUUAUGUGAUGAAAUAAGAGGGUUUUUUUCGAAAUUGCGAAAACAUAUAAAACAAAAACUGUUUCUGAUAAUGAUUGUAUAUUAUAAUGGUGAUUAUUUGUGGAACAAUAAGGAAAUGCAUCGACAAAUGGUUAAGUGAGUGUCAGAACUACAUGUGUUAGAUAAUCAAACAACAUAAAGUAAAAAUUUUCAUUCAAACUUUUAUAAUUUAUAUAAUUUUACUUGGUCCUUCUGAUCUGAUAGAGAAUAAUUUACCUCCCAAGCACUAUUAUCGCCACCAGACGUCGACACAAUACAUUUGUUGUACAUUUGUCGUCGCAAAUAUAAACAAAUCAGACUAUAUAACGCACACCAACAAACCGCCUCAUUCGUGAACCCGAAAACCUUUUUUUAUUACAGAGUAAGUUUGGAACUAACCUAGUUUCAAAAACGAAUUCGCUAUAUGUUUGUGUCAGAUGUGACCAGUUGUAAAAUCCGGUUAAAAUUAAAACCUUAACACAGAACAUGCAGGAAAAAAGGAAAGAUUUCGAAUGCUUAUAUUAAUUAUAUUAUUAAUAGAUCGAAUUUUUAUUAUUAUAAUUAUUAUUGUUAUAAUUAUAUUAUUAACAUUAAAAUUAAAGCCUUAACACAGAACAUGCAGAAAAAAAUGAAAGAUUUCGAAUGCUUAUAUUAACUAUAUUAUUAACAGAUCGGAAAGAUGUCUGCAUCAAUUGAUAGGAAAUAUUUCUACGCAUCUAUCACUAUUAAUAAAAUAUUAUUUUUCCUGAGAUAAGCAAUUGAAUAAUCGAAAAACGUCAAUCGCUGUCUAAACGCAAUAACUGCCACCUUUUGAUUAGCAUGAUUUACGGUUUCCCCAACACAGCCAUCAAAACCAAUAUGCCUUACAUUACAUGGCGUUUGUUCAAAUUCUUUACAUACACAUCAACGGUAGUCCCACUUCAACCUUGCGGUUAUAUCAUAGAUCAUAGAUACUGAAAUGUCAAAAUGGACUACUAGUUACCUAAUUUUGUGUAUUAUUGACUGGAAUACCGAAAAGUUCGAAAAAACUUUUAAUAUUGGGAUACUUUUAUGUCUUUUAUUUUAUGGAGAUGGAUUUUUUGUGCCCAUCACUGUAUAUGUUUUUGUGUUUUUUGUCCUGUUCUCUCCCUUCUACUCUGCCUUUUCUAACUAUCAACCAUGUCAAUUUCCACUAGACCGGUUUCUGUCCCGAACUAGUUCUGAUUCGCCAGCUCCGGUUUUGCCAGCUAUCUCAACCACUGUCGGAUUGACCACCGCUCUCCUGAACACUCCUUUCGUUGUCCGACUUGACGAACGUUACCAUCUGCUUCUUCGAUAACUUCUUCGACAACUCCACGCACCCACUUCUUCCGCUGAUCUUCGUCUACUACGAACACCACAUCUUCAACCUUCAAUUUUCUUUGAUCCUCGUACUACUUUGUUCGCCAAUUGAUUACUGGUAGGUACUCCUUCCACCAUCUUUGUCACAUCCUGUCUGUCAAGUAUUGUGAUCGCUCAGUCUCGCAAAGAUUCCACCAGAUCUACGCGCUCGACCGUAAUAUCUGCAUCCUUGACUAUACAGCGUAAAAAGUGAUUUGACGUGAUUGUAUCGAGUUCCGACUCUUCGGAAGAAUACGUGCACGGACGAGUGUUAAUCAUAUCUUCUGCUUCGGAUAACGUGGUCAGAAGAAUCUCAUCCCUUGUUUAUCGCCUCCAUAGCUUCCUUCACCGAUCGUACCAUCCUCUCUCAAGCUUCACCCAUUUUUGGAGUUCCAGAGGGAUUGAAGUGCUUCUUGAUUGUCGGUGUAGUAACACUCUCCGUAUAUUCCACGUUGAUUUUCUUCAACAUGUUGGCCAUUGAAAUUCGUCCCGUUGUCCGGGAAGAACGCGUCGGGUGAACCUCUCCUGCACAACACGCAUGUGUGCUAAGGCUAUGCACCACCUCGAGAUGCACUGCUCUCACUGCGAGGCACGUGAACAACGCAGUCCAUCUCUUUUCCAUUCUUCGAACGACCGAGACUUCCACAGGACCAAGGGAUCCGCCCCCUACCUGGCAAAACAGCCGCAAUGGUCGGGCUACUCGUUGGACUGGGAGUGGCACCAUCAAUGGGUUAUUUGGUUGACUCCGCUUGACACGACACCAGAUGCAGUUUUUCACGGCUGUGGAUUUUGCGACGAAUUGACGCAGAACUGCAUGAGUCGACACCUACAUUCGUCAGUAAAUGGUAAGAAUGUUUGAUUUUUGUCUAUUUACAAUGAUUUAAACACGCGAUUGAACCAAAGUCAUAGACAUUCCGAAAAUUUUAAGUUUGAUAAUGCAUACAGGUUAUGCUGCAGUAAAUUGCGAUGAAAUUUAUAUUAUAUUAAGUUGAUUGAUAUCAUUGACUAACGUUUGCAUUAAAAAAGGACUUUAUUAAGAUUGUUGAUAAAAAACUAAGACAGAUAAUUGAGUUUGAUAAAUUUAAAAUGAAAAAUAUUAGCUAACUUGCAAAAAAAAUUCUACGCCCUUGCGAGCGCCUUCUCGGCAGUUGACUUGAACAUUCGCCAUGGCGGACGAAAACAUGCACGUUUUUGAGUUCUUUCUUCGUUUUAUUUAUCAAUUCCUUCUCAGUUUUCGCGACAAAAUUGUUGAAGUCUUACGCUUCAGGUUUGCCCAAUAAUUCUCGAUGCGACACAGCUGGGGGACUUUGGGCGGGUUCGCCGACUUGGUACCACUUGGUACCACAUCGAUAUUCAGCCGUUACAUCUCCUCUCACGAUUGCUUUGAGUAGUGGCCCGAUGUCAGAUUCGGCCAGAACACCGCGACUUUGUCCUUAUGGUAUUUCUUGAUGAACGACGCAACUUCCGGCAGGAACUUCGUACUAUACAUUUCACCGUUCACGGCCAUUCCGGAGCUAAAAAAGAGCGGCUUUGACAUCCCCUUCUCGCUGAUUUUCAGUCACAGCAGCACCUUCUUGGGAAACUUGGUGUGUGAAAUAAACUUCGGAGCUCACUUCCUUCGUGAGGGAAGUAAAAUACGAGGUGCCCUGCCAGUCGUUGCCAUCCAGGGUGAGAUAGGUCUCGUCGUCCAUCACCACCACGUCGCGAUUCGCCGGAAAAAUCGACUUGACCAUCUUAUUCAGCCGCUGCCGCUGCCGCUUCCUGACAUGUAUGUCCAUGUUCGCCAGGUACUUUUUCACUGUUUGGCCGGAUGCACCGACCCCCCGGCCAAGCGCACCCAGCGAUGUAGCCACUUUUCCCUCUAUCUUCCUCUCCAGCAUCCUUUGGAGCUUCUCGUCGCUCAAGGUUGUCGGCCGUCCAGAACUGGGCUUUCUUUCGAUGCUCUGAUUGUUGUCCAAUAGUACCAAGAUGUUGUAGAUGCCGGAACGGUCGUAUCCGGCGUCCACAAAGUGCCGCACGAUGUUCCUUUUCGACACGGCGGGGUACCGUUUUUUGAACACGUAAACUUCUGAACGGAGUAGCUUCACUGUUUUCGCCAUCACGAACUGAUAGAGCUGUCAAUUUUUUCUGCUGACUCAUGGGUUACUAUGAUUGAUGCUGCAUAGGUAGUUUCGUCAGUGCGUGUGAAGGUAAACUCAUGAAAAAUUGGCAAUUUCUGUCCAUUUUUUUAAAUGUAAACGUUACAAUCACUCUCAUACAAUUGAUAUCUAAAAUUGAUUGAGUCGUCAUUACUUUCGUUCGUUGACACUAAUCAGCACGUGUUCAGCGCUGCUAGGUAGAUUCUAAAUUUAGAAUUUUCCAUUGUUUCCGCAUCAAGGAUAAAGAAUUUUAUCCGACACACCAUUUUCAUUUUACUCAUCUGACACGGGCUCCGAAGAAUAACGAUAUAUUAAAAGUGGAACUCAACCACGUCACUGUCCAAACAAUUCAUUCUGUUCGAAUGUUUGAGCAGAAUUAUUUGCUUCCUACUCGAAGAGCACAUUUUCCAAUACAACUAGAAAAUACAAAAGUAAUACUGACGAUUUGAACCGGCAAUGCGAAUCGUAAUUAAGAUUCUUCUUAAAAAAUGUAAAGCGGGAAGAAUUAUGUAAAAACUUCCAGGAAGGAUGAGAUCUUUUCGGGAAGGGGUUUUUCAUUCCUACAGGUCCAUAUUCUCUCUCAAAUAAAACGAAUAUGAUAGCUUCUUUUGUUACAAAAAAAUUAUAUGAGUGCCUUGUCGACACGAGUUUUCAGCUAAUAAAAAUCCAGAUCAAGGAAACUGCGAAUCACUUGCUUGGAAUGCUUUUCAAAAUAGCCACAAACGAACAGAAUAGCCAGGAGGAUGGCUUUGUUCCGACAAAGGAGGAAAUUCCCCAACCCAAAUUUGCAUUCACACCAUCGCUGCAACAAUGUACGCGGUCCUGAUGCAUGCAGAUGCUAUGUACAUCGUAUUUUGCGGCCACCGCUUGCAAGAGUUUACUACUGCCCCAAAAUUUGGAGACUUCUGUCUGGAUGAAUAUGCGUCACGUUUUUGCUCGCACCGAGUGCUCCUGCUCGUAGUGCAGCAUUGAGACCAUCUACAAACAGUUCCAAAAGUGGCCAAAUCCAGUACUCCGCUAGUAUCGAUCGUGUGUUUACGCUAGAGCAAUUCUGCAGAAUGUUAGUUUAAAACAUGCUAUUUGUUAUCGAGCCACAACGGUUUGCAUGAAAAAUACACAAACAGUGGCCAAGCCAGCUUCUGUCGAAAGCAAAAAAAACAACGUGCUUGGACAACAUCAUCAACGGAAACUUUAAGUAGAAUUCUGUAGCAAUGUUUUGAUAAGCGGAAAAUUAUGUAUUUUUUCUAGAAGGACAAACAUCAAAUUUUCAUACCAAGCAAAACGUUGAUAAACGAUUGUUUUUCAUACAAAGUAUUAUAAAGGGUCUUUUUUAGUACAACCACAAACAUAACCACGGUCGCCAGUUACGAAACCACUGCACAGGAAACAUUCCGAGCUCAAUCACUUCGCCCCAUCCAGUCGACACACGUUUAAACCUAACAGCAACCUCACACACUGUAGUAAUAAUGUUCCACAUAUUUGCUCACAGCUCCGAUUCAAUAAAACACAUUUUAAAAAUAAAUUUUAUAACAAAAUCGAAACUAAGCACACAUCCGCUAUAUUGAGCCCCGGAAUCAUUCGUAAACAUAUUAACAUUAAACAAAUACACACUCCCAUACAAACAUAACUAGAAUAACUAAUUAGUCAUUGGUAGAGAUUAUGAAAUUAAUCCAAUAAUAAAUUUUAAUACAACACAAUUACUAAACAAUUAGUGAUGAGAAAAUAAGACAGAAAUCGAUAUCGAGUAGAUUGGCAAUCGUGCUAUAUAAGCCAUUCGAUAAACGCUGAAAUGCAUAACGAGAACAACAAAUACGAUUCGGCAAACCGUGUAGGAUAGCAAAUUAACUUAGACAUAUUAGGAUGGCAGUAAAGGAAGGAACAAAGGAAAAAAAUAACAGACAGUAAGUAAAACAUUAUUCUGAUAGAUAAACAACACGAUUUUUAUCAGCACAGGCGCACUGCGAGCAUGAUGUGUUUUUUCGACUAUAGUUUAUAUGAUUGUCUACAGGAAAUGUUAAUUUAAUAAAUAAAACUAAAACAAA